GUACGGAGGAAGACGGCUUAAAGAAUAAACUGAUAGAUCUACUUGCCAAAGAAAAGCCGCAAUCUUUCGUCGAACAAGAAGGAAACAAAUCCGGCAAUGGCGGGUUUCCAGACGAAGCCGACAGCAUCCUCGCUGUUACUGUGGACAGUGAACAGCAACCAUUUACUAGUUUAUUAUCUACUAGCGAAAACCUAAACGUACCUGCCGACAACUGUCCUUGUAGAUGUAAAUCAAUGGCAACCGAAAUUGAAGGGAUAAAACUGGACAUAGUCAUCCUACAAAGCCAAAUGUCGAGCGAAAGCACAAAGACUAAAUGUACGAACGAAGAAAUAAGCAAGCUACAAAUUGAAUUAAAAAACGAACAGCAUAAAAAUGCUAUACUAAAAGAUCGAGCAACGACAGCUGAGGAAGAACGAGAUUCGCUUCGUCUUGCAUUAAAACUUCUCAUGCAAGACCAAUCCGUUGACAAUAUUAAUCCUUCGACUAAGACUAAAGACCAAGGGCAAGGCAAUUACUGGAAUACAGUACCGAAGACCAGAAAUAGAACAAUAAGCAGUAACAUCACAUCAAAUGUAAGCGGCAAUGCAACUGGCGGAGUAGCUGAAUGUACAUGGUGCCAAAACAACUUUCUGGUCUUAGAUGACCUAAAUGAAUCCUGCAGAAUUAUCGACGAGAUGCAGAUAAAAAACCGAAUUGGUAGCGAUGGAAGCAACGAGGGCAAAGAUAAACCGCCAGCAAGCAAGCGUCAGCAAGCAAGAGUACAAAACAACAAAAAGACUGUAAUAGUGGGAGACUCGAUUUUCAAAGGUUUGCAGCAACACAAACUUUCGAAAGCAGCAAAGCAGAACGUGGGUGUGAAAUGCUUCCCAGGAGCGACUGUUGGUGAUAUGAGCGAUUAUAUAAACCCGUGCUACGUCGAAAGCCAGAUACCGUUAUUCUACAUGUGGGAACAAACAACGCCACUAACAAACAAGCAUGCAAACGAGAUAGUUAAUGACAUCGACAAAUUAUGCCAAGAGGUCAAAGAAAUUGAUCCCAACGUUGAAAUAAUAUUGUCUGAAUUGACCAACAGAGAGGACAAUGCAAAGGCCAAAACAACUGUUCAAGAG